AUGCCUGACGAGACUUGGAAAACAGUUACAAUUUGUAUCACUGAGAAAAUGCCAGCUCCGAUCACUAAGAUUCUGAAGAUAGACAACCAGACAGCGACAAAACAUUUCAUUCUUCUGGGAUUUCCAACACGACCAGCCUUCCAGCUGCUCCUCUUCUUUGUUUUUCUGGUAACCUACCUGCUGACACUGCUAGAGAACUUUCUUAUCAUCCUAGCAAUUCGCAGUGAUGGACAGUUGCAUAAGCCCAUGUACUUCUUUCUGAGCAACCUCUCUUUCCUGGAAAUGUGGUAUGUCACAGUCAUCAGCCCCAAGAUGCUAAUAGACUUCCUCAGCCAUGACAAAACCAUUUCCUUCAACAGCUGCAUGACUCAACUUUACUUCUUUGUGACCUUUGUCUGCACUGAAUACAUCCUCCUUGCUGUUAUGGCCUUUGACCGCUAUGUAGCCAUUUGUAAUCCACUACGCUACACGGUUAUCAUGACCAACCAGCUUUGCGGUACACUGGCUGGGGGAUGCUGGUUCUGUGGGCUCGUGACUGCCAUGAUUAAGAUGAUUUUCAUAGCUCAACUCCACUACUGUGGCACACCUCACAUUAAUCACUACUUUUGUGAUAUUUCUCCACUCCUCAAUGUCUCCUGUGAAGAUUCUUCACAGGCUGAGCUAGUGGACUUCUUCCUGGCCCUCAUUGUCAUUGCUGUCCCCUUUUGUGUAGUGGUGGCAUCUUAUGUCACUAUUCUCAUGACCAUCCUCAGGAUCCCUUCUGCUCAGGGCCGCCAAAAGGCGUUUUCCACCUGUGCCUCUCACCUGACAGUUGUAAUUCUCUUCUAUUCCACAACUCUUUUCACCUAUGUCCGCCCUAAGCUUAUGUAUGCCUACAAUUCCAACAAAGUGGUAUCUGUGCUCUACACUGUCAUGGUCCCACUCCUCAACCCCAUCAUCUACUGUCUGAGGAAUCGUGAAGUAAAGGCAGCUCUCAAGAAGACCAUACUUUGCACAGGAAGUGGACCCAGGGAAGAUGCAGCUUUGAGUAAUUAA